GCGGUGACGUUUUGCGGCGGGCGGGCGGGCAAGGCGGCGAUGGCGGAGGCCGACGGGGACCUGGAUCUGGAGAACGAUGAGACGGAGCGGCCGGCGGAGAAGCCGCGCAAACACGACAGCGGCGCCGCCGACCUCGAGCGCGUCACCGACUAUGCCGAGGAGAAGGAGAUUCUCAGCUCCGACCUGGAGACGGCAAUGUCCGUGAUUGGAGACAGGAGAUCCCGGGAACAGAAGGCCAAACAGGAAAGGGAGAAGGAGCUGGCAAAAGUGAUCAUCAAGAAGGAAGACGUGGAGCUCAUAAUGAACGAGAUGGAGAUCACUCGGAAUGCGGCCGAGCGCAGCCUCGAGGGAGCACUGGGGAAUGUGGUCGAGGCCCUGAUCGCCCUCACGGACUGAGGCCGCGGGAGAGCGUCGUCUGCCUGGGCCCUGGACGGCUUGGGAGGCGGAGGAGGCCUUGAAGGACUGGGGACACGGCGUGAGCAGAGUGUGGGGGCCGCAGGGCAGGUCCAGCUGUUUAAACUCCGUUGCACCGUUAGGCGACAGGAUCGCGAGGGUCCCUGUCACACGGUGCUCUGUGCUGGCGCUGCUUGUCACCCACGGCUGAAUCCUGACGAAGGCAUCGCCUUCCAGAUGCGAAAAGGUCAAAAAGACUUCAAACCUGAACUAAUAAAUCACCAACUCACUCUGAA